AUGUCAAAGAAGAGGCGUUUUUUUGGGUUAUGGUGGAAGAAAUAUAGUUUGCCAUGCUUGGGGUAUACAUAUAUAUUCUUACUCUCGGGCACACUUCCCUUCGGCCCAGCACUAGCCAACCUUCGGAGUUUUGUGAUAAGUUGGUGGUCAAGAGAUGAGAAAACCCGUGCGGCUGACCGUGGACCUUCCCCCCCCCCUUUGGUGAUGGAGCCUCCGGGGGAGGAAGUAAAUAGUGAUGUCAUUUACUAUUCCGUACCCCAAAAGGAAAAGGAAGGGAAGGGAAAGAAGAAGAGGAAGAAAAAGGAAAGAAAUGGCAUCGAAUGGUAG